GCGCGAGAGGAGCAGCCCUGGCCGGGCCCGCGGCGAGAGGAGGAGGAGGAGGAGGCAGCGGCGCGAUCGCCCGUGCUUGGCGCUCCGGAGGUGGCAGCAGGCUGCAGCGGAGAGGCAGCUUCAGGUUUAUUGCUCCUUGGCACAGCAAGGCUUCUGCUAUGACCACAACACCAGCCUUCUCUCCCAACAGUGAGGACAUUCUCUUAGAAGACCCACCCAGGGUGCCCUCCCUUCUGUGCAUGCCCUUCACCCAGGACCAUCAUGGGAAGUGUCAGUAGCCUCAUCUCAGGCCACAGCUUCCAUAGCAAGCACUGCCGGGCAUCCCAGUACAAACUGCGGAAGUCUUCCCACCUGAAGAAGCUGAACAGAUACUCAGACGGACUGUUGAAAUUUGGCUUCUCUCAGGAAACUGUUCACAAUAAGUCCAGCUCCAAGGGCAACAAGAAUGAGGACUUUUUUUACAUCAAGGUCAACCAGAAGGCUCACCGGACGGACUACACCCCGCUGUCUGGGGGGGAGCUGGGAGGCCAGGCUGGGAGGAGCAGCGUGGACUAUGGCACCCCGACGCCACCCAAACUGAAGCCAGUCUCCAACCAGAUAGAACUAGCCACUGACAAGAGUGCUACGAGGCCCACAGCCUUCAAGCCUGUUCUCCCUCGCUCCAGCACAGUCCUCCACUCUUCUCCAGAGCACGGCAACCAUGUUCCCCAGAAGCUCCAAUCGCAGGAGAAAGCCAAGGAUCCGGACGCUAAGCCUGCUCUGUGCUCCGGAGGACUGUCAGACUCAGGACGAAACUCCAUGUCUAGCCUCCCCACGCACAGUACAGCCAGCAGCUACCAGUUGGACCCCCUUGUCGCUCCCGUGGGACCCAUCAGCCGAUUUGGGGGCUCUGCCCUGAACAUCACUCAGUGCGCCAUCCUGCAGGACAGUAACAUGAUGAGCCUGAAGGCCUUGUCCUUCUCGGAUGGGGGCACCAAGAUCCUGAACCCUGGCAAAAUGUCUGCUGCUCCCCACCCGGGCGAGAAGAACUCCUGCGUCCGCUCGCCCAUCUCCACGGAGGAGUCGGCCAUCCAGGAGUUGGAGCAAAAGCUUCUGGAGAGGGAGGGGGAGCUUCAGGAGCUGCAGUGCAGCUUUGAGGAGAAGGAGAUCACCUCCUGCCAAAGCUACGAGGAAAAGCAGAGGCGCUGCAGGGACGAGAUGGAAGGGCUGAAGCAGAAAUGCAACAGCAGGCUCAAGCAGGCCUCGCAGAAGAGCCACAGAGCCCAGCACCUGCUGCAGCUGCAAGUGUUCCAGUUGCAGCAGGAGAAGCAGCAGCUCCGGGAGGAACUGGCCAACCUGAUGAAGGAGCAGGACCUCCUGGAGGCCAAGCUGAGGUCCUAUGAGAAGGAAAAGACCAACUUUGCCCCAGCGCUGGAGGAGACUCAGUGGGAGGUGUGCCAGAAGUCUGGUGAAAUCUCUCUCCUGAAGCAGCAGCUGAAGGAAUCCCAGACAGAGCUCAACAGCAAGACCAACGAGGUCCUCAACCUGAAAGCUCAGCUGAAGGACGUCCGGGCAAAGAUGGAAUUGCUAGAUAUGAAAAUCCAGGACCUGGAAGAUUCCCUGCGCGCCAAGGCUAUGGAGCUGGAGGUGUGCGAGAACGAGCUCCAGCGCAAGAAGAACGAGUCGGAGCUUCUGAGGGAGAAGGUGAACCUGCUGGAGCAGGAGAUCGCAGAGCUGCGGACGGAACUCACCAUCCUCAGGGAGCAGAUGAAGUGUGGGGCGGCCUCCGCGGGCCUGGAGGGGAGCAUGACGGAGGAAGCGCAAGCCCUAUGGCGGGAAGUGGAGAAGCUGAAGGCCGAGCUGGGGGAGGCUCAGGAUAGCAACCAGCAGAUGACGGCCGGCUUCCAACAGGAGCGGCAGACCUGGAAGGAGGAGAAGGAGAAAGUAAUCCACUACCAGAAGCAGCUGCAGCAGAGCUACCUGCACAUGUACAAACGGAACCAGAACCUGGAGAAGAUGCUCCAGCAGCUGGCCUCAGGGGAGGAUGGCAAAGAGCCUUUAGACCUUGACCUCCAUGGAACUGAUGUCCCUUAUGAGGACAUCAUUGCCACUGAAAUCUGAAGGGUUCUGCGUCGUCUUGCCCGCUCUGGAGAGGAGAUACGUCUUUCAACUGGGGGGGAGGAGAUUGUGUGUGUACAGUCCAGGAGAACCACCUGUUUUCUUGGUUGAGGUCCUUUGCCUGGCCAAAAUGGAUCGCCAGCUGUUGUCCUGCCACAUGUUAAUGGUGUGAGGCACCAACCCCAACCCUGUCAUGCCCAAUGCAUCCUUCUGGGAGCGCUAUCCCGACUAGAGCAUUCCAGUGAGAAAUAAAAAGGGAAGUGGGGGGGGGCCUUACCAGUCGACCAUUCUGUCAGGAUAGAAUCAAAGCAGCAGCUGAUUUCAGUGGAGAAUAUGCAAUAAUCUCCAUGCCAAUUACCACAGGUGGCUGCUUCUUGCCCAUGACCCAGAUAUCAGUUCCCAAGGGCUACUGGAGUGCCAGCCAUAGCAAAUGCCAUUAUAGCUCUCCUGCAGCCACUAAACUAUGGGAUGAGGCCUGUUCAUGCUCCGCAAGCCUCUCUGUUGCCAUGUGAGAAGACAUUUUUAGGGGGGAAGUGCAGGAUUUGGCCACUUGUUCCUUUGUUAGAGUCCGUCAUCACAGGCUGUCAAGAAUAUCCUGCAAAUUCUUAUUGACCAGGGAUACGUAAGUGGUCAGGGCCGGCCCUACUAUUAGGCAAUGUGAGGGAUCUGCCUUAGGUUGCAGAUGCUGAGGGGGCCAGGAGUGGUGGAGAGCUGUGUGUGCCAGGCAGCCUGCCCUGCAGCUCCUAAGGUGGCCUGUUGCCCUCAGGUGUGGUGGAAGACACCAUAGUUGAAGCAAAAUUCAGUUGCCUGCCCAGUCAGCUUCUAUACAUGGAAUACAGAGACAAGAAUAUAUCUUGUCCUUUUCCUCAGAGAGGAUAGCAAUAGGAUUCUGAGAUACUUGGGGAUCAGAUGGAAUGUAAGGCAUUUAUGUGUUUUCUCAUCUGGGAGAGAACAACCCUGUUCCACUGGUUGCCUGUGGAGGACCCUCUUUCUCCAGCAUACUUCUCCGGUCCAAAAUAAUGGGCUAGUGUUCUAGGCUACUAGAAGCCAUAAACUGGCAAAUCAGCCACCAGAUCUUCCUUGUCAUUGCUUGGCAUUGCCUCUUCCAUGAGCAAGUAAAAGCUGAGAGAGAGGUCUAUUUUUAUUUAAUGUGGGAUUGGGAACUGAAAUGGUGUGUGUGUUGAAUGGGAAUGUUUAUAUUCAGUUAUCGAAAAUGUGAAUAUUUUUAUGGAGUUUUUGGGAAGGCUUGUUUUUGGCUAAUAUCUCGUGUUUACUGUCCGCAUUACCUGCCCUCUGUUUUGCCAAUAGGGUUCAGUCUGCACUAUUUCUAACAGUAUUGCGCCUUUUAAACAGUCAUAGUUCUCCCCAAAGAAUCUUCGAAGCUAUAGUUAAGGGUUUCUGAGAGUUAUUGAGAGACACCUAUUCCCCCUGCAGAGCUACCGUUCUCAGAGUGAUUUAACAAUCAGCCCUUCUUCCUGGUGAACUCCCGUAAUUAUAACUCUUUGAGGGGAAUAGGGCGUUUCCUAACAACUCUGAUCACCCAUAACAUACUAAAGUUUCCAUGAUUCUUUGGCGGAAGCUAUGCUUGCUUAAAAUGGGAUAAUGCAGCUUUAAAUGAAGGUGUGACCUUCAAAGGGUAUUUUGAACCCACAGCAAACCACCCCCUUCCUUUAUUGAGACACCCCAGGAGCUGUGAAAUGCAGAUGGAAUAGGACAGAGGAAGGACUAGGCCAGACUGGUACAGCAAAGUGGAGUUCUUAAUGUAGUAAUUCUGGAACACAAACAGUUGGAUCAAAAGGUUUAAAACUCUCCUCAGGGGCAAAAGAAUUGAUCAGUUAACAAUCCGAAGCAGCACCUGUUCCAGACAGGCACUUCUAAGUUCUCUGCCUUUGUAUGGAGCUCCUCAUCCCAUGAGAGCCCCAAACCAACCACGUAAAAAGCUAGCAGAGAACCUGCUUCUGCCCCACUGGCUGUGGAAAGAGCCUGCCUGUUGCCAGGGCGAUACAGGGCAGGCUGUAUCUCAGUUCACCUAUCCUUUUAUAAAAGCGCAAACUAGGUAGGUUACCUUUUAAAUGUGAACUAAAUUGAAUUCCACCUCCAUCCCUAGUUGCUGCUGUGAAACGUACAGCAAACUUCUUGCAGGGUGGCAGCUCUGCAUGGUAUGUCCCACCUCAUUCGACUUUCUGGAGGAAUAGAAAGGAUGUCAGUCCGGCUUGAGGUAGAAGUGGAGAGUCUUUUGCUUCCUCCAUUCCUCCUCUGUGGGGAAAAGCUCCGCAGAUCACUCUCAGCUUGCAGUGGUGAUUAAAAGAAUCACUCUUGGGCUUGUGAACACGAAGCCCUGACAGUGUUACCGUCCCCUCUUCUCUGCCUGCCUCCCAGCCAGCUAAUUGGGUUUAUGCACAUAUGUUUCUGAUUAGCAGAAUUUGCAUUGUUAAUUGCAGUCUCAAAACCAGCCUGCUCCCUGGUGAACCACCAGUGACCCCAUGGGGUUAAUAACCUCUGAGUGGGAGGGGCUUGGUGUAGCCUGCUUGCCAUAUCCUGCUGAUCCGAUCAACUUUCCCCAGUGCCCGCCUGCUGUCUUUCUCCUCCCCUCCAUCUACCUCACCUAAGGGCAGGAGACCAGCUGUUGGCAGACAUCAUUAAAAUGGGAGCCUGUUUUCCUAUUUAAGCCUCAAAGGCAUCUUUUGUGAGAGGGCAGAACACCUCCGGUACAAUUUUGCAUUUGCCCCAAAGGCUUAGCUCAGCUCCUCCAGAUGACCUGUUUAUUGAGCAUCCCGUCAUGAUUUGUGCCUAAACAGAAGUUAGGCUAUGUCUGGUCUUCAUUCGAACAUUCAUUCUGAUUUCUUUGCCAGGAGAUUAUACAACGAUUAGCAUUGGUCCUUAAUUCAUCCUGAUUUGGUGGUGAUAAUUGUUUGUUCAUCCCACAUUUGCCAGUGCACCUCCCCAUUCACUUUCCCAACUACAAAAAGUCAGUUUUGGGAGGUGGGUGGGUGUUUAAGUAGAUGUGUUAGACUCGGGCGACUGAGUGCUUUAAUCAACUUUAAUUGUGCAAUCCUAAAUUUCAGUUGUGCUCCUGCAGAAUACUGACGGUGUGGAGGUGGCCUGUGUUUGGAUCACCUGGUGCAAUUUUAUUGUUUUUCUUAAAAGUGUAGUGCCUGUAGUAUUUUUCUUCCAUAAGUAAUGGAACCAGGGAUUAACUAUAAAAGAGGCAGCGGGUGUUCCCUUCACAUAUUUCCCGUUAUCCCUUGCUUCCCUAGCUUUUGGUCACAGCACAUUAAGAUCUUUGGCCGCACCGACAGUUUAGGAAACUUAGCAGGUGGCUUAAAGAAGCCUUGUUUGUCUGCUUCCAUGCUCCACCGCAUCUACAAGCAGAAACUUCCAAAAGAGAGCAAUAAUUUGUCAUGUAAAAGAAUUGGAUCUCACCAGUUCCCUUCCUUGUCCCCCAUCCGCACCAGUGGUUUGAGCUGAUUGUGUACAAAUAUUUUGAAGUCUUCUCGAGAACACAUUCAUUCCCACAGUCUCACUGCCAGUGGGGAUGAUGAUUUGAGCAUUUCAAAUCUGAAUGGUGAUUAUGUGUUUUUAAUAUUGAAAGCAGCAAUGACAGCAACUCUACUAGUGCUUUAAAAUAAACACAUGACCCUAACUGUGCGGCCAGGUAAAUUAGUCAUUGUGGUCUUCGUAUCGGAGAACACAAAAAACAAUGGCAGGAGUUUGCAGCAGGUUAUUAUUAUAAUAUAUUUUUACCCUUCUUUCUUUGAUCAUGAAUUCCAUUUUCUUUUGAGACAUUGGGCUCCCUUCCCUGACCUUGAGUUUUUAUGAGUUGACAUUUUUUGUGUUUGGGUACCACAGUAAACUAUGGUUUAUUGUGGUGGGAAUGAGACACACUGAGUCUUAGAAAGGAGAUUGGAAGGCUUUUUCCCCUUCUGUUUUUAAUUGACUGCAACUUGGUGCAUUAUCCAAACCUGAGAACCCAUUGUUAAUCUCAACAAUGAUUUGUUUUGAACAGGUCAACUUAAAGCCAUGAUUUAUUAAAAUGCCCUGCUCCAAACAUGCCCUCAUCUGCUCCCUAACCAUGUUGACUUUUAACAAGCAUGUAUUUGGAACUCUGCAGAGGAAAAGAGGCUGCAGAAAUUUUUAAUAGCGAAUCAACUUGAA